UGGACUUGCCAAGAACAAUGCUCCCACUACUAGUCUUACAUGACCCAUUAGCCUUUUUGGAUCAACCCACUUUCUCAAAAAACCCAAAUUUUUUGUAUAAAUAUCCUCCUACCAUCUUCACUUCACCAUCAAGACAUUCCUAAGCUCUCAAUCAAGUGUAUCAUCAAUCACCUCCAAAGCUACCAAGACCAAGCAGCAUGUCGCAAGACAAAAAAUGGUGUAUGCGCGACUAUGACAGCGAUGAUGAGGAUGUUAGUGCGUCUGAGGAAUCGAGUAAUUCUGACGAUGCGCCCCAAGCUCGUUCGCACGUUACCCCGCGAUCCAAGCGUUCAAAAAUUUCAUCAAAGAAUUUUGAGGUUCAACUAGGCGAAGGUACCUCCCAUAAUCCCAAAGAACUCUCAAGAAGUCAAACUGGAGUAUCACGUGACUAUGUCGACUUGGAUUCCGAUGGUGCUCGUAUCGUUGGAAUUGAUUUUACCGACAAAGAGGUAGAACAACUCAAGAAGCUAAUUGGAAAGGGGAUUUCUUACUCAAUUGAUCGUCGUCCUUCCAACAUCAUUGAUUGCCACCAAAAGAAUUGGGUAGGUGUGCAUUUUGAUUCCUUGAAAGCCGGUUUGCGCAUCCCCUUUGACCCGUUCCUUGUUGACUUCGUGAAUUAUUACGGCAUAGUUCCAGGUCAGAUAGCACCCAACGCACACCGUAUUCUUGCAUGCUACCCUCAGAUUUGCAAACGUCACCAAGUGCCUUGUACACUAUAACUCUUCAAUUUUCUCCAUCUGGUAAAGUGCAUGGGG